AUGAAUACAAUUGUUGAUAUACAAGGAUUCCAAUCAGAUGCAAACGAUUUCAUUCCGAAAGAGAUAGCAAUACAAUGCACCAAAGAGGUUCUUGUCAUUUUGAUCAAGCCGCCGUACCCUUACCACGAAUUAUCGGCAGUACAAAAAAAUACCGUCGAUUGGGUAGAAAAGUAUAGACAAAUAUUUUGGGAAGGAGGAUUUGUUCAUUAUCGAAACUUUAGAAAUUGCAUAGAAUUUUUGAGAAAUAAGAACAUUUAUGUAAAAGGCUUUGAUAAGAGUACUUGGUUAAGAGACCUGUUGGAGGACGAGUACGACGACGAUAGUUAUUGCAUCAGGGGUAUCUACAACAAAUUUUAUAAUUUAGAAGAUUUUGGUUGUCCUUCUUUUUCAAAAUUAUAUGAAAUAUAUAAAGAUUGCAAUAUUAAAAAAUGUAUUUACCAUCCAAGGCACUGUGCUUUCACAAAUGUCCAUUAUUUAUCAAAAUGGAAUGCUGAUAACAAAGUUUUUGAUUAA